ACUAUCGAUUGUGUCGCACGCGACCGAGCGCCGUAUCGCGAAAUAGUAUCGUCGUGUAGGAGAGCCGGCCGAACACACACACGGGAACUCGAUACGGAAACGUCGCGCGCUUUCACUGGCGCGAUAACGCGCCAACUAGUCGCUUGACAAUCUUAUAUAACGCGACAACGUCAUCACGACCGGUCUCAGUCCCCUGCGGUUUGCUCCUCUGUUCGUCACGUUCGUCUUCUUCUCGCGUUCUCGGUGCGUUCGGUCGGGCCACGAUGGCGGCGAAAAACACAAUGUUAGACUCGGACUGCAUGACUCUCACGAGGUUCGUGCUGGCGGAGCAACGGAAAGUGCCAACCGCGACCGGCGACCUCAGCCAGCUACUCAACAGCAUACAGACCGCCGUGAAGGCUGUCAGCUCGGCCGUGAGGAAGGCCGGCAUCGCCAACAUGUACGGUAUCGCCGGUAACACCAACGUUCAGGGCGAGGAAGUGAAGAAGCUGGACGUUCUGAGCAACGAGCUCUUCAUCAACAUGCUGACUUCCUCCUUCACCACGUGCGUCCUCGUGAGUGAGGAGAAUCAGCAUGCCAUCGAGGUGGAGACGGAAAAGCGCGGCAAGUACAUCGUAUGCUUCGACCCCCUCGACGGCUCGUCCAACAUUGACUGCCUCGUCUCGGUCGGCUCGAUAUUCGGAAUUUACAAAAAAGCCGAACAAGCCGGGGAAUCCGACAUGGUUCAGGCGGCCCUCCAACCUGGUCGGAACUUGGUCGCAGCGGGAUACGCUCUCUACGGUUCAGCGACCAUGAUAGUGCUCUCCAUCGGCCGCGGCGUUAACGGAUUCACGUACGACCCGGCCAUCGGGGAAUUUAUACUGACCGAAAGGAACAUGCGUCUGCCUGCCAAAGGCGACAUAUAUAGUAUUAACGAAGGCCACGAGGGUGCCUGGGACUCCUCCAUUAAGGAAUAUAUACGCACGAAGAAAUACCCCGUGAGUGGAAAGCCGUAUAGCGCCAGAUACGUGGGUUCUAUGGUCGCAGACGUGCACCGAACGAUUAAAUAUGGCGGUAUAUUCCUAUAUCCCGCGACCAGCAGCAAUCCCAAUGGCAAGUUGCGACUGCUGUACGAGUGCAUACCAAUGGCCUUUAUAAUCAAGGAAGCCGGUGGUCUCGCGACAAACGGAAAAAUUGAUAUUCUGGACGUUAUGCCGGAGAGCAUUCAUCAGCGAUCGCCCAUUUUCUUGGGCUCCAAGGACGACGUUAACGACGUAAUGGCGUGUAUAAAAAAUAACGCCAGAGAAUGAAGUCAAUCUUGGUGGAACGAUCUCUCCGGAAUCUCUCCCGAAUACUUGAGCGAAUCUGUCUCCUUUGAUACCUCGGAUAUUAUUGUCUCCCUCAAUUUUGUAAUAAACCACGUGUUUCUUAUCCCA